AUGCUGGGUAUUGUGUUAUUUUGGGCAGUCGCGACUUGUGACACAAUCUUCAGUUUCGAUCGGGUGUCGCUGCGGAAAAUGUCGUCUCGGGCGUCUGGCGGCUUACGCUCAACCGUCCCGCCUCGAAAGCGUGCAAAACGAGUCGACAGGAAAGAGACCGCGUAUAUACGUGUAUGUGAAAAGCUAGGAGAAGAUACCGUUAAGAAGAUUCGUAGCGACUGGGAUCAAAUGAAUACAAGGCGAGAUGGAAGCGAGUGGCAACAGUCAGAAGGAAUAGUCAUUCAGUUUCUUCAACAAGGAUUAUCGGAGCGAGAAAUUCGAGCUGUUAUACCUGUGGGUGGUAGCCGCAUUGCAAGACUGCGGAAAGUACUGGAGGAAGGAGUUGAAACGUUACACACUCGUCGCGAGCCACAACGACCUUGGCAUGCACUAGUGACGAUGUUAUUGCUGCACUGA